UUUUUCCAAUAUAACGAGAUUUGAAUUUGUAAAUCAAUUAAUGCCAGUUCUAUACCUUCACAAAAGUCGAGCUUGACAAGUUGCACACAUGGUCUCUGUCACCCGCCGGAUAAUUUUCAAAGUUUUGCCGUGAUGCAUGGGGAAGCGGCCGCGACCUUCGCUUUCCUCUACUCAAACCACCAUUGAAUUCUACCUAGACGCCAAUAUAACUUUGCCAACUCUAUUCCUCCAAGUACCUUGAAUCGAUUAAAAAAAACAAGGUAUCCGUCGGCCUCAUUCUCUAUCAGCCGCCAAAAAAAACGCUAUUUGAAAAUUCUCCCGUAUCUCCGUCCGAUAUCCCAAGAAAACAGCAAUAGCACCGUUGAACAUUCCAACCCGGGUACACAAUGAGUUUUCCGGGAAUGCCACCAAUCGGUGGUGCUGGGGGAGGCAACCCUGCAACUGCAGGUAUGACUGAGCAGGAACAACGUAUGGUUAAAAUGAUGAAUGCGGCAGCGGAAUCUUGUCCUUUCAAAAUCGCUUUGGCAGGUGGUGGUGGUUUCGUGCUCGGUGGUGCUUUCGGUCUCUUCACAGCUGCUAUGGCCUAUGACACACCCCUAACGGCCAAAGGCCAAGAAAUAACCUCUCUACCCAUGCGCGAACAACUACGACAAGGCUUCCGAGACAUGGGCAGUCGGUCAUGGUCCGCCGCACGAAACUUCGGAUACGUCGGCGCCGUCUAUUCAGCCGCCGAAUGCGCCAUCGAGGGACUUCGCGCCAAGAACGAUAUCAAAAACCAUGUUGCGGCGGGAUGCGUGACGGGAGGUUGGCUAGCUCGCAACGCUGGUCCCCAGGCUGCUGCGGCCGGUUGUGUUGGUUUCGCGGCGUUUAGUACGGCGAUUGAAAUGUAUAUGCGUAUGCCUUCGGACGAUUAAGACGGCUGUACGCCAGUUUGCUGGUUGAUGUGCGGUGUAAGUGCCGUUUGUAAGUAUAUAUCGAUGUUUUCGUUCUGGGAGGCGCUCUUUGGGUAUGGGUGUUUUUAAUAGAUUUGGACAAGCAUUACUGGCGUUGUGAGGGAACUUUUUCCACUCAUGUUUGAUCAUAUUUUUCAUGUACAUUACUGCAGGGAAGCCUUUGAUCUGUGAGGAAACUACAUGAUCUUUAAAGGCUAGAAAUAGAAAGGUGUCCGGACAUGCAUCUGAAAGGCAGACAUCAUGGAUACAUGUACUAUAUUAAAUGCACAAUUAUCUAUUUACAGGGUUAUUUUCGGCGCCGAAUUAAUUACUAUAAUCAGUUGACGAAGACGUCAACUGACUCGUCAAUCACUGGUGGCGUGAACUUGCCUUCCAUCAAUCCGCCCUCUCUAAUGAC